AGUUGGUUGGCGGCGGGGGAUUCGAAGUACGGCGCGGGGCCUGCGGACGUCGGGGGCCCGGCGCGGAGCGGGAUGACGCAGUCCGUGGUCGUGCAAGUCGGCCAGUGCGGAAACCAGAUCGGCUGCUGCUUCUGGGACCUGGUGCUGCGCGAGCACGCCGCGGUCAACCAGAAAGGAAUUUAUGAUGAGGCAAUAAGCAGCUUCUUUAGGAAUGUGGAUACCAGGGUGAUUGGUGAUGGUGGCAGUAUUUCCAGGGGGAAAAUUCGUUCUUUAAAAGCACGAGCUGUCUUGAUUGAUAUGGAAGAAGGGGUAGUAAAUGAGAUUCUGCAAGGUCCAUUAAGAGAUGUAUUUGAUAGCAAGCAGCUCAUCACUGAUAUUUCUGGCUCAGGGAAUAAUUGGGCUGUGGGUCACAAAGUUUUUGGCAGUCGUUAUCAAGAACAGAUUAUAGAGAAGCUCAGAAAAGCAGCAGAGCAUUGUGAUUGUUUACAGUGUUUUUUUAUAAUACAUUCCAUGGGAGGAGGAACAGGAUCUGGACUAGGCACAUUUCUUUUAAAGGUGCUCGAAGAUGAAUUCCCAGAGGUAUACAGAUUUGUGACUUCAGUUUAUCCUUCUGGUGAGGAUGAUGUCAUUACCUCACCGUACAAUAGCAUGUUGGCAAUGAAGGAGCUUAAUGAGCAUGCGGACUGUGUGUUGCCCAUCGACAACCAAUCCUUAAUUGACAUCAUUAGCAAAAUUGACCUCGUGGUGAAUUCUGGGAAAUCCCGUACAACUAUAAAGCCAAACAGUUUGGUUACUUCAGGAGCUAGAGCUUUAAAAAAGCAGCAGGAGAAGCCUUUCGAUGCAAUGAACAACAUUGUGGCCAAUUUGCUGCUCAACUUAACCAGCUCUGCAAGAUUUGAAGGGUCCCUUAAUAUGGACCUCAAUGAAAUCAGCAUGAAUUUAGUUCCUUUUCCUCAACUACAUUAUCUUGUGUCCAGCCUUACACCUUUAUAUACACUGGCAGAUGUCCACAUUCCUCCUCGAAGGUUGGAUCAGAUGUUUUCAGAUGCAUUUAGUAAAGAUCAUCAACUGAUUCAAGCUGACCCCAAACAUAGCCUAUACCUUGCCUGUGCCCUCAUGGUGAGAGGAAAUGUACAGAUUUCAGAUCUUCGCAGAAAUAUUGAAAGAUUGAAACCUUCACUACAGUUUGUAUCCUGGAAUCAAGAAGGCUGGAAGACUAGCCUGUGUUCAGUACCACCUGUGGGCCAUUCUCAUUCAUUAUUAGCUUUAGCAAAUAACACGUGUGUGAAGCCUACCUUUGUGGAACUGAGAGACAGAUUCAUGAGACUCUACAAGAAAAAGGCUCAUCUUCAUCACUACCUACAAGUCGAAGGGAUGGAGGAAAGCUGUUUCACAGAAGCUGUGUCAUCUUUAUCAACACUCAUACAGGAGUACAACCAUCUGGAUGCCACAAAAAAUAUCCCUGUGCAGGAUUUGCCCAGACUAAGCAUCGCUGUGUAAAGGGAAAACC